AUGGAUGAUGAAGAAUGGAAGUAUGCUUCCGAAAGUCGAAAAAUUCAGGAACAGUCUAACAGUUCCAGAAAGGCCCGAAAGGCUAAAUCAAGUGGCCCAAAGUCAAAGAAGAAAAUUUCAAAAACUCUUUUACAAAAGACUACACAUUCCACAAAAGCUGCAGAUGAUAUGGCUGUGGGUGACAGAGAUGGUGUUGAAGGUGUGGAAGAGGGUGAACAUGUGGAUGUUUUACGUGCGUCUAUAGAGGAAAACAAUGUUAACAAUGUCAGAGAGGAGCUUCAGAGGGAUGAAUCUCCGAGUAAGCACAGUCGCUCAAAGUCCCGCUCCAGGAGUGGGUCCAGAAGUCGGUUUUCCAACUUCUUCAGGCGAAAAAAGAAAUGCGUGUCAGAGACUGAUCUAACUCAGAAUGUUACUGAAGAGGCAGAUAAGAAAUACGAAAGCACAGAACGUGUUGAAAAUACAGACAGACCAAAAACUCUAGAAUUAAGAAAUGAUGGAGAAGCAACGGCGAACUCCUCACAGAGAAGGAGUAAUUUGAAAAGGACGUCUCCGCAUCAUAGCUACGAUCCCAGAAUUCAACCUCGAGACCGUCUGCUGCAUAUGACGGUUGCUGAUGCAGUGAAAGAGCAGCAGUUACGACGAGCUAACUCAGCCAGUCGUUCCUCGCCACGCCGCAGGGAUACAUCUUCGUCCUCAUCAGCAAUUAUGUUCUUGUCUUCCCCAAGUCUGGCCGCUGCCAUGAUGGCUUCUGAUGCUGCCAGAAAAGCCUUCAGACCCACAACAACGUCUUCCACGUUGCCUGCAAUGAGGUCAAAGACACCGUCAGCGAUAAGUUCACUUGUAGUAGGCAGUAGUUUUCCAAUGUCAGGGUUCAGUAUGAACCUACAAGAUAAGGCAGAAAUAAAAACAAUACAGAACGAAGCACCCCAACCUAGCAUAGAUAAUGUUAAUAUAGAACACGCUAGAGCUUCUAAAUCAGACAGUUUAACACAUUCUAUUGUAGAACCACAGAAACAACCUCGCAAAGAUAACAUCAAUGAUUUUAAAGGGGAGACAAGUACUCAAAAAAUGCCUGCACAAGAACCUACCGGCGAAACUGUGCGUGAUAGUUUGUCUUCACAAAAAGACCAACCACAGCCUUCACAUUCAGUCUUUGUUCAUCGCACUCCGGAGGAGGAAGCCUUAGAAGCUAAGACCAAACGUCAGGCUUCAUUAUCCCAGUUUCUGGAGCUCCGACAAACGUUACCACCAAUUUUAACACGUACUCAUCGACUCAGCCAAUCCAGCGAUUCCGGAGUGACCUCUCGAGAUACAUCUCCUUGUCCAUAUCCUGUGUACCCGGAAGUAAAACGACAGCAGGAUCAACAUACAUCACCUCCUUCUCAAGAUUCUCAACUAAAGGACAAAGCACCAAACCCAUAUGUGGUAAGCAGCAUUUCUGUCUCCCCAGCAACCGUUACCAGUCAUAGUCAGAGUGUGAGUGGCGAGAAAAUUGAAACUGGCCCCAAAGAAAAUGAGAUAAACAGACCACAAGUGCUGAAGCUAGAAGACAGUAUGGCUGAGUCUAGUUCCAUGUCCUCCAGCCCUCAGGUUAACUCUAUGACCUCGUCGUUCCGCUCCUCUGAUCAGGGUUAUGCUGAAACUGACAGCGAUGACGAGUCUCCAUUUGCCACACCUCCUGAGGAUUUUGAAUUGACGAGCUCAGGGAAGAGAGAAAAAAGUCGAACAUUUAAUCCGAGUAUACUAGAGAAGCUUCUGGACACUGCGCGAGAACAGCUUCCAAGGGAACCAGGUCAGAAGCCAGAUCAUACAUCUUCGGAGACUAAGCAACAACUUCUUGACCGCAAAUUUAACAUUUUACAUGACAAUCAGUCUACACAAGAACUGCACCCAGGAGAAGAAAGAGGUGAGACCAAAUUAAGAUACAUACCUCGAGGCGUAAGGAGGUCACAAAGUGAUGCUGAGAGUCGACACAAAACAUCCAGACGUUUCUAUAAACGAACAUGUAAACCUGAUAGAGGUCCACAAAGGAUAGGAUCAGCCGAGGGCUUCUCGACGUCCCCAAAUCUCGGUCGAGAGAAGGUCUCGUUUGACUUGGACAAGCAGUUAACGCCAAGUACAGUAACGCUGACCAAUUCAGACGGAUUUGACGUGGACUUCCUCACUGUGGAGCGAAAUGACCAAAAGCUGGUUCCUGUCAUGGGAACGGUGGCUCAGCAAAAGUACAGAAGAACCUAUUCCCCAUCCAGAGUAAGAAAAAUUAUUCCUGUUUCGAAAGAUGACAGCGGUACAACACCUUUUUUUAACACGACCGCCGCUCUUGUACAAUCCCCUGUUAAGGAAGUCAUUUCAUCUGUCAGCGCAACUUCCAUGGAACAACAUCCCAAGAGUGAUCUUCCAGAGAAACCCUCAAAUCUUCCAUUGAAAAAACCUGAGCUAUCCCCUACAAUGCCUAAAAGGGGAAUACUGAAGUCACCAUUGAAAGAUAAAGUCAGUGUGUCUACGGAGGACAAGGAGAAUCUACAACAACCUGAUAGUAAUGAUAAACCUUCAUUGAAACCAGAACCCAGCCAAGUAAAUGAACAAGAAACACAAGACAUAGGAGAAGCCAUAGAUAAAUCACAGAAGAUAGUGGAAGCGAAGACGAAAGAAGAAAUCAGAGAUGACAGAAUAUCAGAAAUCGACAUCAGUGAGGAAAAAACAUCAAAAGGUGAAACCAAAAAGGACAAAAAGUUGAAAAAGCAAAAACGAAAAGAAAAAUUGCCCAAAUCAGACACCACCACACGAACAUCUCCAAAAGAAGACAUUGCUAUGCCAACUCCAACAGUGCAAAUCACAUUUGAAAACGCCGCAAGCAUAGAAACACCAAACAAUUCUCUCGGGAAGGAUUUCGUCCCUCAGACAGCAGCUGCUAAACAUUCGGAUGAGGCUGCUCUAUCAAAACCACGUAUUGAGAAAUCAAACUCUGCAAGCGAUAUCAUCAUUCACUCCCGGACACAAGGCAUUUCUGGAGAACCAUCAGAGCCGCUUACUGGCUCAGAGAAGAAACUGAGUAUAGACUUCCCUAUGAUACACGGACUAGAGGUUGGUAUGCAUAAAGUUCACUCAUUUAGUGGCUACUCGCUAGGUGACUACCUCAAAGAACAGUCCAAAUCCAACUGGAUGCAACAAAACAUCUGCCCAAAAUCGCAGGAAGUCAAAGCUGCGAAGUCGGUGCUCAAGAAGAAAUCUAGUCCAAGCGUCGAAGUUAGAAAACAACCAAAUGAUAUUAGAACAGACAAAAAGGAAUUUCAUGAACAAAUUUCCAAGCCAACAAACGACGUCCUUGUUACAGAAUCCAAAGGAAAAGAUAGCCAAAGUUGUACUCUAAAAAUAAUGGUUGAUAAAGAAUGCCAAACUUCAGCCUGGCUCAUCAACACGUUAAUAAGAAAAAAGUCGUCCAAAUCCAAAAAGAAAGGUACCAGCUUCUAUAAAAAGAAGAAACAGCAGCAGCAAAGAAGAGGUAGUUCUGUCAGUGACACCUUUGUGCCACUAGACUUGAAACGACACAAGGAAUCAUUUCAACAUUCAUCUCUAGGCGAUAUACGACUAGCCUCCUCAAAAGAGCCUAGCUUCACAAAUCGGUUAGUCAGGGGAUCUUCAGAGAAGGCCCCACGCCACCGGGUGGAUAAAUUAAGCAACUUAACCCCUACUGCAGGUUCCAGCAGUAAAUCUCGCUCAGACAACAAAAACGAUGAUUCUGACCUACCUAAGCCCAAAAAGCUUUCACUAAGCUCGGUGAUUCUCCUAAAAAACCGACUGGCCAAAUACAGGGAGAAGAAACGAACAGAUAAACCCUCACUGGAAACUGUAGAGGACGAACCAGGAUUAGAUAGGGUCUCUUCUGAGACUCUUAUCACUAUGGAAAACGAACUGAACCUUAGUAAGCUAGAGGUCAGCAAGGAAACUGACAUCAUUGAUGACGAUAUUUACGAACCGGAAUUCUCCUUGGGUUACAAAAGAAAGCAUCUCAGGUUUGAAGAUCUGCCUAGUGAACCAAUGCAGAGUCAGGAACCGCUACCACCUCUACCAACAUCUCGUCGAAUGCGACAAAGACGUGAGAGCACACUCAGGGAGAGGAAACGGAAGUGCGUUCAGUAUUGCAAGAAGUUUAUUGCGUUCCUCUUCUCUCACGUGGGGUUGUGUUCCUUGGUCGUCGCCUACACUAUUCUUGGAGGAUUUAUAUUUCAAGCUUUGGAGAACCAAGCCGAGUACAAUGUCCGGAGUUCGAUACGU